GUAAAAAAUAAUCUAAUCUAUUAAUAAGUAACCGGAAAGAAAAGUAAUUGUAUUUAAUGUUGGUCGCUGAAGGCAAAAUAAAGUGAAAGAAUUUUUCUUGCUAAAAAGUUUAAUGAAAAAAUAUUUUAAUAUAUAUAAUUAUAUUUAUAAUGAGUGGAACUAGAUUUGCCAGAACUGGACGUUUCCGUUUAUUCGCUUGCUUGGCACUUCUGCUUUUGUUGGCAUUAGCUAUUUAUCACAGUUCUCAGCAACAAUUAGAUGAAACUCGGGAACGCUGUGAGCAUCAACAAGAUACACUCAAUGAGCGUUUGCAAUCUGCAGUGGAAGAAAAGUUUAAGAUUGAAAAGAAUUAUGAACAGGAACGGAAGGAACAGAUGGAAGUCCGUCACAAGCUUGAAGAAAAAAUAAGUGAAAUGACUGAAAUACAUGCCAAAUUAGAAGGUGAGGAACGUGUAAGGUAUGAGAAACUAGAACGCUCUCAUAGCUUACUGCAAAAUGAGCAUCAAAAACUUAUAAAAGAAAGCGCUAAGCAUCGUUCUGAAGCCAGCGACAUUCAAAAAAAAUUACAAUUGUUCCGUUCAGAGUUUCAAAAGGAAAAAACAAUGCAAACCAAUGAAAUAAUAUUAUUAAAAGACAAGUAUGAAGCAAUUUUGAAAGAAAAAAAUCGCCUAGAAGUUCUAUCCAGUAUAACAGAAGGGAAGGCGGAUUUGCAUAAACAUGUCACGGAAUUAGAAGCUAUAAUUAAAGAUUAUCAGUUUCAUUGCAACUAUAAGCCAAAUGAUGGUUUGGAGCAAAUUGUCAACAAGUCAAUACUUCCUUCUAUAUCCAAUCAUGUUGAAAAUCUUAAGUCAUCGACUGCAAAAUCAUUUAAGGAACAAUUGCUUGUGAGUCCGGGGUUGUAUCAUAUAUCGGUAAAAGAAACUAACAAGAAUUCAACAGAUAUGCAUAAAAAUAAUUUAAGUAAUAACAUUUUAAAUAAUUCUGAUCAAAUCCAAUUAGUUGGAAGUAUACAAACAGAUGGUGAUGGUGUUACUACUAACGAAGCUGAUAUACAACAAACAAAUAAUUUCAAUUUAGAAAAUAAGUCAAAUGACGCUGAUAUUCAAAAACAAGUCAAUUUAAAUUUAGAAAAAAAACCAAACAUGCUAACGUUUACACAAAAACAUAAUGCCAGCUUAAUAUUAAAUUCUGUUGAAAAUUUUCAGAUACUUCCUAAGCCAAUUAAGAAAAUUUCUGAAGAGACUGAAACACAAUUAAGAAAGGAUCCUGUUGAAAUAAAUGUCAACCAACAAAAUAUUGUUUUACCAUUAAGUGCACCUCGUAAACCAACAUCAACGGAAGCAACUAAGUUAAAGCCAAUCUUAGAAGAACAAGCGCAUUUAAAAAAAGCAUCAAAUUCAUCAUCUGCAUCCACAUCAUCCAGUUCUAUUUUACCUCCACUAGCACAACCACCAAAUCAGCAUAAAAUUCCUGCUAAUGUAGCGCCUAUACCAGCUAAUUUUGAUGAAUUAUUUAAAAAUGAACCUUCCAGUCAAAAAACUGUUAAAAAAUUAUUUAAUGAUGAUGCAGUUGUUGGUGGUGAUAUUGGUGAUAUUGAUGCUGCUGUGGAAGAAACUCAAAAAAAUGAACAUGAAGAUGGUACUAAUAACAAUCGAUAUGGAAACAUUGUGAAUAACGCUGAAGGUAUUGCUGUCAAAGCUGUUGGAGGUGAAGACUCAGGAGCGCAUGAAAUAAAAGAUCAUGAUUUUCUAAAUGAACAAAACUUUAAUUUACCCGUUGAUGAUGAUAAUAACUUUUUUGAUGGAGUUAAAAAUGAUGCUAUAGGUGUCGACAAGCAUAAAGAUAUAGAAAAUGAUGGCGACAAUGGAGGAACGGGCAAUGCCGGUGACAUUGCAGUAAAAAAUCAUAAUUUACUAGAUGCAGAUAAUUUAAACAAUGAAAUUGUUGGCGAUCAAGGUAAAGAGUUCCCUGAUCUGCGUUUAGAUGAUGGUAAUGAAGAAGAUGAAGACGAGGAUGAUUAUUCAAAUCAUGCUGCGCGUUUUAAAGGUGAACAAGCAAUAAGACAUUAAAGACAUGAUUUCAUUUCUACGCUAAUAAAAUCGAAUAUAACAUUUAGGAUGAAGUGCAUUUCUCAAUCCUGCACUUGUGUUACAAAUAAACUACUUAAUUUUACAUUCGAUCGAUAAUAACAGUACAUAUAAUAUUGUGUGCUAAUUAAUGUAUUAUAGUUUAAUUCUUAUUUUCUGUUUCUGUGAUAACAAUAUAUCCAUAAAAUUAUAUAUUUUUUUUAUGUAAACCAUGUUGAAAAGUACCAUCUCAUUUCAUUAAUUAAAAAUUUUCAUAAACGUAGAUACAUUCUGUUAAAAUUACUAAAAAAUACGUCAUUUUACUCUUACUAUUAAAUAUGUUUAUAGUUUAAAAAGUAAUAUACAAAAUUUAGAUUCCACAAUACAAAAUAUUUUAUACAAUAUACUCGUAGCAUGCUAGAUCGUAUAAGACUUAAUUGCAAAAGAGCGGGGAAAAGCAGCUUUUAUUUAAAAUGUCAUUAAGAUUUGCCAUUGACUGCUAAGACUUUUCAACUAAGCUUGCUUGUAUGUACUUAUAAUAGUAAAAAUGAUACUGAAAAAUAGAAAAAAUGCAGGCUUUGUUGUGAGUUGUUACAAUUUUCACUAUUUUUCGCCAAUAAACACUUGAAAAGUUUAUAUCUGCACAUCUUUAGUCCACAAACUAUAGCCAUAUACUCACAUUAUUAUUUGUGGUUAAUUAUGAACAUGCUAAAUAUUUGGACUCGCCAUUUCUAUUUAUACAAUCCCUCAUAAAUUUUUUUUAAAUGCAUUUUCAUUAUGAAUAAGAUUUUGUUUUACUUUAAGUAAAUUUAGCUUAUUAAAAAUAAUAUUUCCUAAAAUAUACUUGAA